GUGUCGGAGACGCCGGCCGCCCUGUCGCCGUCGUCGGGUGACCUGCUCUGGCCGCUGAUCCGUAGGGAGGACGCGGGGACACCCGGAAGCCGGAAAUGGACUCAGUGGCCUUUGAGGAUGUGGCUGUGAACUUCACCCAGGAGGAAUGGACUUUGCUGGAUCCUUCCCAGAGGAAUCUCUACAGAGAUGUGAUGCAGGAAACCUUCAGGAACUUGGCCUUUGUAGGAAUAAAAUGGGAAGACCGGAAUGCUAAAGAUAAGUGCAAAAGUCCCAGGAGAAAUCUAAGAAGUCGUAUGGUUGAGACAGAUUGUGAAAGCAAACAAGGGAGUCAAUGUGGAGAAACCUUCAGCCAGAUUCCAGAUUGUCAUCUGAACAAGAAAACUUCUCCAGGGGUGAAAGCAUGUGAAAGCAGUGUGCAUGACAUCUUCAUCAGUCAUUCAUCUGUUAGUAGGCACGUCAGAGCUCAUGCUGGACAGAAACUAUUUGAGUAUCGGGAACAUAAAGAGAAGCCAUAUAAAUGUAAACAAUGUGGGAAAGCCUUCAGUUAUCGCCACUACUUUCGAAUACAUGAAAGGACUCACACUGGCGAGAAACCCUAUGAAUGUAACCAAUGUGGCAAAGGCUUCAGUUGCUCUAGUACUUUUCGAAAUCAUGAAAGAACUCACACUGUAGAGAAACCAUAUGAAUGUAAGCAGUGUGGGAAAGCCUUCAAAUAUUACCAGUCCUUUCAGACACAUGAAAGAACUCACACUGGAGAGAAACCUUAUAAAUGCAGGCAGUGUGGUAAACCCUUCAGUUAUUCCAGUUCCUUUCGUAAUCAUGAAAGAACUCACACUGGAGAGAAACCCUAUGAAUGUAAACAAUGUGGAAAAACCUUCAAAUAUUACCAGUCCUUUCAGAUACAUGAAAGGACUCACACUGGAGAGAAGCCCUAUCAAUGCAGGCAAUGUGGGAAAGCCUUCACUUGUUCUAGUGGCAUUCGAAAACAUGAAAGAACUCAUGCUGGAAAGAAAUUGUAUGUUUGUAAGGAAUGUGGGAAGGCAUUUAUUUUUUCCAGUUCAUUUAGAAUGCAUGAAAGAACUCACAGUGGAUUAAAACCCUAUGAGUGCAAAAAAUGUGGUAAAGCCUUCAGUCGUUCCUUUUGCUUUCGAAUGCAUGAAAGAACUCACACCGGAGAGAAGCCCUAUGAAUGUAAGCAGUGUGGGAAAGCCUUCAGUCGUUCAAGUUCUUGUCAAAGACAUGUAAGGACUCACACUGGAGAGAAACCUUAUGAGUGUAAAACAUGUGGUAAAGCCUUCAGUAGUUCUAGUCACUUACAAAGACAUGAAAGAAUUCAUGCUGUGCAGAAACCCUAUGACUGUAAAGAAUGUUGGAAGUCAUUCAAUUGUCCCAGCUCCCUUCAAAGACAUGAAAGGGCCCACCUUGGGAAAAAAACAUAUGAAUGUGAAAAAUGUGAUAAAGCAUUCCAUUGUUCCAGUACUUUUGGACAGCCUGAAAGAACUCAUAAUGGAGAAAAACCUUAUGAAUGUAAGGAGUGUGGGAAAGCCUUCUUUGCUCUCACAAGCUUUCUAAGGCACAUCAUAAGUCACACUGGAGGUGGACCUUAAAAUAUAAGGGUUGUGGGAAAGCAUUUCUUAGCCCCAGUUCAUUUUAUAUACAUGAAAAAAAUCAUACUGGACACAAACCCUGCGAAUGUGAGCAAUGCUGUAAAACCUUAAAUCGUUUUGGUGCCUUUUGAAUACAGGAAGGAAAACACCCUACUGGACAGGAACCUUGUGAAUGUAAGGAAUGUGGGGAAGCCUUCUAUUGUUUCAGUUCCUUUUGAAUACAAGAAAGAAUUUAUACUUGGGAAAAGCCAUACAAAUAUUAGGAGUGUGGAAAAGCUUUCAUUUCUUAUAGUUCCUUUCAGAGACAUGAAAAAACACAAACUGCACAGAAACCCAGUGUAUACAUGUGGGAAAGCUUUCUUUAGCACACAGCCUUUCUACCACACGUGAGGAUGCAUAGUGCAGAGAACCCCUACAAAUGUAAAGAGUGUGGGAAAGCCUUUAGCCAUCCCAGUUUAAACCAAAGCUAUGAAAGAACACACAGGAGAGAAACCUUUUCGAUAUAAACAGUGUGCACCAGUCUUCAGGUGACCUACUGAAGGCAUUUUGGAGAAUCAGAGCUGCCUCUCCUGUGUAGGUCCACAGUGCUAGGGCCUUGAAGGUGGAAUGACCAGGGCUUCCUUGGGACCUUGAGGUUUGUUCCCCACCUUGGAGCUCUGCUCUCCACACUCUGGCACAGCACUGCUCAGCCACCCCAGCUGUGGCUCAGCUAGGCUCAGAUCAGCUUGUGUCACCACUCUGGAAAGCGCAAGCCAUGAGCCUUGGUCCAUGUGGUACUAAUUCUGCAGACAUAUAGAAUGCAAGAUAUGUGGAGGCAUGGUUUUCUCCACCAGGAUUUCAAAGGAUGGCUUGGACAGUCUGAGGGCCCAGGCAGAGAUCUGACAUGGUGGCAAAGCCACCACAAAGAUUUCCCACUAGGGCAAUGCCUAGUGGAGCCGUGGGAGUGGGGCUGUCCUGAACACCCAGAACUGUGUAGCCACCAGAGUACAGCACCAGCCUGGGAGAGCCACAGGCAUGUGACUUCAGUGCAUGUAGUCUGAAGCAUGGGCUAUGCCCAGCAACACUUUGAGGGCAGGCCUGCCCAGGACCUUGGGGGCACAACCCUCACCUCAGUGUGUUCAGGAGGUGAGGAAUGGAGUCAAAGAUUAUUCUCAAGCCUUAGGGUUCAAUGUUGUUUGCCUUGUUGGGUUUUGGACUUGGGAGAUGUUACUCAUUUCUUUUUUCCUAUCAUUGUCUUUUGAAAUGGGUAUGUCUAUCCUAUGCUUGUCUCACAAUUGUAUUUUGGAAGCACAUGCCUUGUUUCAUUUCACCAGCUCACAGCUGGAAGGAAAUCUGACAUCAGAAUGAGUUUUGGGGCUAUUGGGAUGGAAGGAAUGUAAUUUGCACGUGAGAAGGAUGUGAAUUUCAGGUCCAGGAGUGAAUCUUGGACUUCUCAGCCUCCAGAA